AUGAAAGCCGCCGGCGCGAAGAAGUUCUGUUCGUCAAAGUUCUGCAUCAAGAAGGUACAAAAGAACAAUGACCUUCCUUUGGAUGUGCUUGGGAUUAUUUAUAGAAAACUAGAUUUAGGUGACCUCUUCAAAUUUGCUGGAGUAUGCAAGAGUUGGAGAAUAACUCAUAAACAUUAUUUGUCAAGUUUCAUGGAAAUUCAAUCACCAUUUAUUGUUGAAAUAACGUCAAAGGCUAAGAAAGUAUGUUCUUUCUAUAGCAUACCUGAUCUAAUGAUUUGUCGCUUGAUGAUGCCUUACUUUUCGGGAUAUUCCUAUUGUGCAUCUUCUAGUGGAUAUAUGAUAUUGGCAGGUAAAAAUACACUUUUACUGGUGAACCCAUUUACAAGAAAGGAACAAGUGAUCAGUACCUCUGCCAUUAAAGAUACAUUUGAUUCUUGGUCUUGUCGUGCCUUACUUGCUUUUGCCAAAGGUUCUGAGGAGUUUGUCAUUGUAAUUUCAUCGUGCAGAGAUUAUGACCAACUAUGGAGUUUGAACGUCUAUCAAUCUCGAAAUUCGUGUUGGGUUGGUUAUUCAAUCGGGAGUGAUCCAUGGAAAGGUUGUAGACUUUGUAGUUCUGCAUAA